ACAGGGGUCGCCACAGCAACAGUGACGCGACUGUGAUGGAGUAUCGCGUCGUCAUGUGACCAGAAGCAGACGCCACCCAACAGCUUGAUGCAGCUGGACACACAGAAGGUUGGACACAAAAUCAACAUGGAUGUCCUGACUUUUAAGUUCAUCUUCUUCCUGUUGUACUUGAGGACAGUGACAGAAGCAUGCAGCACUUCAACUGAUGGGUUCUCCAGUACAACAGACUCAACCACUCUGUGUAUAUCAGAGACAACUUCGACAACGACCUCUACUACAGAAUCGACCACAGUAGCAAGUCCAGCUACCGAAACGUCAACAACCGAUGCGACAACAAGUGCUACGUCAACAACCGACAUGACAACUAUUGCUUCGUCAACAUCUUCGACAACAAUUGAUAAGUCAUCUACAUCAUCAGUCAGUCAAACGUCACCCACAGUAGGGACUGCGACUACAAUGUCUAGUAACAGUCCAUCCUCCGCUUCCUCUACACAGUCGUCUCCCACAGUAGGCUCAACUACCACGUCUCUGAACACGAACACUACAAUGACAGUAACAACACCAAAUACAUCAGCGGUCGCAACCUCUUCCACUCUUAGAAGUUCAACAUUGUCGGACUCAGCUACAUCUCCGACAGCUACAUCUACUGCAGCACCUACAUCAUCAGUCAGUCAAACGUCACCCACAGUAGGGACUGCGACUACAAUGUCUAGUAAGAGUCCAUCCUCCGCUUCCUCUAUACAGUCGUCUCCUACAGUAGGCUCAACUACCACGUCUCUCAACCUGAACACUACGAUGACAGAAACACAGAACAGCACUUCACAAGACAGCUCUUCGGAAAAACAAACUGGACACCUGCCUCUCACUUGCUUCAUGCUGCUGUUUCUAAAAUGCUUCAUCUGAAGAACUACAAAACUUUAUUUGUUUUACUUGUUACAAGACAUGUAGACGGGGGAGGGUAGUUUAGACUGGGGUGCGUAUGUCAUGCUUAUUAUUCUCUGUCUCUGUUUACAAAUAAAGGUGGCCAAGGGACGAAGGCGCAUGACCAGAAAAAAACCGGGCUCAUUUUCCUUCAUAGGAGAAUUAAAUAGAUUGAGUCUGUUACAGUCACAUGCAUACCAGACAUUACUAUUUUUAUCAAUAUUUACAAUAUUAUUAUUCGUGACAUUUGUUGCUGGUUGUCAGCAAUGACCAUUGAAUCCUCAUCUAUGACGUCAUACUGAAAUGACUGAGCAGUACAUAUCUUCGUCCACACCUCCAUCAGUCCGUCCAUCAUUCAGCCUCGUCCUUAUCUGUGUGUUUGACUUUGUCACCAUCAUCGUUUGAUUCUUUCAGCUUUAAUCUCACUUUUUAACGUUUUAUUUUUUCGGAACUUCACGUUAGUUUUUACCUGGUGUUAAAUUAGCCUUAUGUGUGACAUUACAACAACAUUGCAGCCUGGUCAAACAUUUGAUGAAAUUUCCUUUUUAAAGAUGGAGUACGGGGCUCCGGG